AUGAAGUACCUUGAUAUGCAAUCUCUUUGUCGGUGCGCACAAGUCAACAGGCAUUUUCGAAGGCUCGCGUCUGAUGCAAUUCUCUACCGAAGUAUAGAUUUACGGCCGUAUUGGCACUGUGUUAGGUCACAGGUGUUAAUGACAUUGUCAAAACGUUGCAAGUUUCUUCAAAAACUUGACCUGUCGUGGUGCGGAAGUCACUGUAUGGUUCAACCACAUUUUGUUGUCGAUUUUCUGAAGGACAGUGGCGCGGAGUUAACUCACUUGCGAAUGAACUGUUGCAAAUUCGUCGACAACUCCGUGUUAAGAGCAGUUGUUGAGACAUCGGCUAAUUUGCAAGAAUUAUGUCUUCGCUCUGUAGUUACCUGUUCUGAUUGGGCGUGUCUGGUGACGCUUACGAAGUUAAAAAGAUUAGAUUUAUAUAGAACUCAUAUAAAUACAAGCGCCGCUGUGGCUAUAAUACGAGCGAACCCUGGAUUGCAGCAUCUUAAUGUUGGUUCGUGCAAAAUGAUAUCUGGUAUGGAUGAAGUUGCAAUCGCACUUGGAGCUAAUUGCCCGAACCUUAUGUCGGUGGACUUUUGGAAGUCUUACUCUUUAACCGCUGUUGGGAUUCGGGCACUUGGCCAUUGCAAACAUUUACAAGAACUGGAUGUUGGUUGGUGCCUCCAAGCGGGCGGUUCAGGCGAAUGGUUAGCGGCGCUAUCUGGUGGAGAACUUCGGAAACUGUUUCUUGGCGCUUUGCGUGGAGUUUGCGAUCGGGACCUAAGGACCUUAUUGCCGCGAGUCAAGAAACUAUCGCAGCUGGAUUUGUUAGGAGUGAGAGCUGUAACACCUGAUAUUUGUUCUGAUAUAUUAGCGGAAUGUCGAGAGCUGAAAUUGCUUGAUGUUAGUUUUUGUGAUCAAAUACACGAGGCACAAGUACUAGAAUGGCGUCGUCAAUAUCCACACGUUAGUAUAAAGCGAUCGUUCCAGUCCGCUAACCUCACAGCGGCUCCAAAUUCACUAUUUUUAGCACCCAGUCUGGAGUAA